UCUGAAAAUGCUUGUGAAAAGACUUCAUUUAUGUUUCUGCGCCAAGAGUUGCCUGUGAGAUUGGCAAACAUAAUGAAGGAAAUAAGCCUGCUUCCAGACAACCUCCUAAGAACACCUUCAGUUCAGCUGGUGCAGAGCUGGUAUGUGCAAAGUCUUCAAGAGAUCCUUGACUUUAAGGACAAAAGUUCAGAAGAUUCAGGGGCUAUUCACAGUUUUACAGAUACUGUGAUAAAAAUCCGGAAUCGACACAAUGACGUAAUUCCUACGAUGGCUCAAGGAGUAAUAGAGUACAAGGAAAGCUUUGGCAUUGAUCCAGUGACCUCACAGAAUGUGCAGUAUUUUUUAGACCGUUUCUACAUGAGUCGCAUUUCAAUUAGAAUGCUCCUUAAUCAACACUCUUUACUGUUUGGUGGGAAAAUUAAUCCAGCUCAUCCUAAACACAUUGGAAGCAUUGAUCCUAACUGCAAUGUUGUCGAAGUUAUUAGAGAUGGCUAUGAAAGUGCCAAGAGACUUUGUGAUUUAUAUUACAUGAGCUCUCCAGAACUCAUCCUUGAAGAGUUGAAUGCUAAAUCACCAGGACAGCCCAUGCAAGUGGUGUAUGUGCCAUCACAUCUCUAUCACAUGGUUUUUGAACUUUUCAAGAAUGCAAUGAGAGCCACCAUGGAACACAAUGCUGAUCGAUGCAUUUAUCCUCCAAUUCACGUACACGUCACGUUGGCAGAUGAGGAUUUAACUGUGAAGAUGAGUGAUCGUGGUGGAGGUGUUCCUAUGAGGAAAAUUGACAGACUAUUUAACUACAUGUAUUCAACAGCACCACGUCCACGUGUUGAAACGUCACGAGCUACACCUUUG